UCCUUCUGAGAUCCAAAAGGACGUGUGAAAAUGCAGCUACAGCAAUGUAUUGUGCUGAAAUUACUUUAUAAAUACCUGUACAUUGUUCUUUUGCAGUACUGGCAAAUGAUAGAGCCAGAUACCAAACUGAGCUUGAAGUUAUUGGUUGACAAGAAUGCCAACAAAGUCCUCUUUGCAGAAGCUGGAAAAGAUUUUGUGGACUUUCUAUUCAACCUCCUUUCCUUGCCUGUGGGUACCGUGAUUAGGCUUAUCACAAACGCAACCAUGGUUGGCUGCAUUGGAAAUCUUUACCAGAGCAUUGAAAACCUCGAUCAAACUUACAUGCAGCCUAAUCAAAAUAAGGAUUUGCUUUUAAAGCCCCAUGUGCCAAACCAUGUUGCUAAUGUGCCUAUCUUGUUGCCUGACACUAAUCAAGCCGAGAGAAAGUCGUGCAUGUGUGUGAAGCAAUGCCGGUGUACCACAGACUGUAAAGACACCAUUUGUGCUACUUGCAGAAAUCCAAUGUGUUAUGAGGUGAAGUUUGUUGGUGAGAAUAAUUCUACUGCUGAUUCAACCAGUGAGGGAGGAUAUGUGAAGGGAUUGGUUACAUACAUGGUGACUGAUGAUUUGUCGGUGUCACCAAUGUCAAUGAUAUCCGGUGUUGCUCAGCUAAACAAGUUCAAUGUUAGGGAUUUUGGCGCUCUUGAGGAAAGGAUGGCUGAGUUUGGGAUCAAUGGUGGUCUGUAAGUGUUGAAGGCUUCUCUGCAGUCUAAGGCAGCACUUACCGCAGUCUUCCUUUCAAAGCAGGAGGUCAAGGUGGAUUUCAUUGCGGGGGGUGAUCUUUCUCAACUCUAAUUUUGCCUCGCAAGAAAUUACAUGUUCUGAUCCCUUCUACGAUUAUUAGAGCAUGCACAUUUUGUUAGUGCUGCCCUGGUUGUUAGAUUACAACGAAUUCUUUCAUCAAUGUAUGGUGAGAAACGUUAUAUUUUCAUGGCUGGUUUAUUUGCAUGAUGGAAAGGUAAUGGAAUUAAUCAGCCCUUCUUUUCCC